GAUCACCAAUCCACGGAAAGAGCCGAAGAUGUCAGCUCGGUCAUGUGAUCAGCUGUGUCCAAUCACAGCUGAUCACUGAUCAUCAGAGAACUGAUGAUCAGUGUAGCCCCAGCAGUGCCACCUGUCAGUGUCCACCAGUGCCACAUCAAUGCCACAUAUCAGUGCCUACCAGUGCACAUCAAUGCCACAUAUCAGUGCCCAUCUGAGCUGCCUUUCAGUGCCACCUAUCAGUGCUGCCAGUCAGUGCCGCCUAACAGUGCCAGUCCGUGCCGCCUAUCCAUGCCAUAUAUCAGUGCUGCCUUUCAGUGCCCAUCAGUAAUGCCUGUCAAUGCCCAUCAGUGCCACCUACCAGUGCCUCCUCAUCAU